AUGUACUCUCCGGUCGACACGUGUGAGAAGGACGGUGUGACGCUGAUCCCCAAGUCUCAGCAGACGUCGGGCAAGAAUGGCUGCGAUGACGGCGGCAACCAGUUCACGUGCAACUGUAUUGCGCCUUGGGUCGACUCAAUCGAUCCGCAACUCGCCUACGGUUUUGGAGCGUACAACAUCCACGAUCCAGAUGGCACCAUCGAAAGUGCGUGCUAUUACAACAAGUUUCUCGCUCAAGAUCCGAACGACAAGACGAUGAAAGUACGCAAGAUGAUCUUGCAGAACAUCAAUACGAGUCAGGGCAUCCCGAAAGGAUGCUGGGACAUGAACCUUGCAGGGGGUGGUGUAGGCGGUUACAACAAGGGAUGCACCAACCAAUGGGGAUCGGAUUGGGGUCAACGCUGUGGAGGUGUGGACAGCCAGGAGGCGUGCUGCAAGCUGCCUGAAGGGCUUCGAUCGUCCUGCCUGUUCCGCUUCGUGAUGUUCGGAUCGAAUCCGGGUUUGGCCUCGACACCGAAGAGGGUGCGAUGUCCGGUCGGACUGAUCGAUCGAAGCGGCUCGCAGAGGCAGGACGAUGCCACAGUGGCGCCCUACAGCGGCGAAACAGACCAGACAGGACAUCCUGCUCCCGACAAGUAUCAGCGCAACCGAGCCGUAUGCCAGAACAUCGAUCCCAUGGGCAUCGUGAGCUCCGUCUGCGGAGGCGUUGCAGGCGGGGCUCGUCUGCCCAAAGGCUCGGGCAUGGUACGCCAGGAUUCGCCUGGAGCAAGCGUGCCGGGUGAGAGCGGAUCAUCUCCUCCGACGGGGUACCAGCCUGAUAGUGAUAAUACGUCUCCUGAUACAGGUGGUCUGGCAGGUACUGUCGGGGCUGGCGAGACGUCACCUGAUCAGCCAGGCUUGCCCGAAGGCGGGCUCGGCGAUAAGGGAUCCCCAUUUGCACCUGACGCCCAGACACCAGGCGAGGGUAUGCAGUCUGGAGGAAACGGUCCGCCCAAAGCGAGUCAGCCUCGGGGCUCAGCAACGAACGGCCAGGGCUUUGACGAUGGCGCAGGAGCACCUCAGCCUUACACUCCUGGGUCAUCAAUGCCGAUCGCCAAUCCGAACACUCCCGUCGGCCCACUCGGCGGACUUGCUGGUCACCGCCGCGGCGUGUGCGCCCACAAGAAGCACAAGCACAAUCAUAGCUGA